AUGCUGUCUACUUUGUUUAUUUCUGCCCUGGCCUGGAGCCACUUGGCGCAAGCACAUGGAACAAUUACCAGAGUCAUUGGCGCCAAUGGUGUGGUAAUGCCCGGACUUACAGUUCUCGACGGAACUCCUCGAUCAAUCACCUCUGCUGCCAAUGGGGGCCAGGUAGAUACCAGCGUGAUCCGUGACCCGGAGCUUGGUACAAGCAAAGCCUCUGCACUUGGCCGAAGUAGCAAAGGUCCGAUCGAUCCUGCUCGAGUUAUCAAGAUAUUCAUGCAAGGUCUUUCGAGUCGAUCUCUUGCUGACACCAUCCUCGGGGGAGGAGAAGAAGCCACGAGAGAAGCCGCGUCUUUCGUUACUGGCAAUGCUGGUGCAGUUGUAAAUGGCGUGCAGGAUGCAGUCGAAGGCUCCCCUGUUGGUGGCUUAGUUCUCGAAGCUGAGCACGCAGUCAAUGGUCCCCUGAACGAUUUCUUCCAAUCUGCAAAGGGAGUUCCAUCUCCUCGUGGAUACAUCGAAGAUGGUAUUCAGAAGUUUGCUGGUGCUGGUGUCAAGUCUGGCUUGCCAACUACUGCAUCUGAUGGGACUCUCAAGUUGAUCUAUCAUCAGGUCAACGAGGACGGUGCUGGCCCCCUACUAGUAGACAUCGACUUCACUUCCGGAGGAACAGAUCCAUCGGCUUUUAAGUCUGCUUCUGUUGUUCAGAACAUCGCGGGCGUAUUGGGUUUCUCUACCGGAAGUUCGACUGACUUUCCAGUAAUUGUCAAAGUGCCGGCCGGUCAUGUCUGUUCUGGAACUGUGGCUGGGGUUUCUGGUGUGUGCAUUGCGAGGGUUCGGAACAGUGCUACUGCUGGGCCUUUUGGUGGCGCAGCAGCCUUUACCCAUGACUCCAAGGCUACAAAGGCGAAGCCGUCGAGCGCCAAGUUCCGUCACCGCCAUGUCUGA